GAGGAACGACCAAGCAUGCCAGUGACGAUGCGAGCUUUCCUCGUCCUGACGGCGAUCGCGACAGCAUCAGCCGUCACUUGCAACAUUGCCAAGAAGAGCGAUGUCACCGUAGGAAGCUGCGGAACGAGAACCGUCCAGUACGGCAGCUGUACCUCGCAAAGUGAAGCAGACGCGGGAUUGGCUCUGUCUCUUGUUGGCGCGGCCGUCAUACCUUCAACCGAUGCUGCUUGUGCCAUCUUAAUCUCUGGUAUUUGUGCUGGCUACGGUGUGCCCGCCAAGGCCACCAAGUGCUCGGACCUGUGCUCUGCGUAUUCAUCAAUAACCACAGGCUGUACUUCAGACUCCCAGUGCGCAACGACCACCACCACAGUGGUGGAGUGCUGCAGCGCGACGAGGUCAUACGUUUCAAACCUCUGCACCGCCGACUCAGCCAAGCUUGACUCCAUCAUCGCUUCUGAAAAAUCCAAAGCAGCAUGUAGUGACACCAACUGCAAUUCAGCAGCGCCCAGGACCCUUUCGUCGCUGUACAUGCCUCUGCUGCUGUCGUUGCUAGGGUAUGCGAUGACCUCUCGUUUGUAAGGGACACAAGGUGACGGUCGCCGUGACGGCUGUGGAGCCUGAGUGGGGGCGCCCAUGAUUAAGUAUUGUCACUGAGGUUCUUUGAUGGCCCGGUCUUAAAGGAAUAAAUUGUCACUAUCACUA